CGGGAAAGUAUAUGUAAGCCCUUGGAGGAGUACAGCUCCUUUUGCAGAGAGAGGAAUUGAUGGCCACACUCUCUCACUCCUCUUAUCUUCUCUUCUAAAACAUCUUAUUAUAACACCCCCAAAUCAAAUUACACCAUAACCGGCUAACUCUCAUCGCCGGUGACAAUCUAUAUAUCUAACCGUUAGUUCUAUCUAUAUAUCUAUAUAUUGAUUACAUAUAAUUAGUUGUUUUGUAUUAGUGAAAGAAGUGCUAAUGGACUUUGAGGAUCAAGAGGAGGAGGAGGAGCAAGAAGAAGAGAUUGAGCUGCCACCGAGUUACGACUCGCUCGGUAACUCGUCCCGACCCAAUAUGCCAAGCCCAGAUGGAGCUAACGCGCCACUCUAUGCGGCUGCGCCGAGGAAGCCCAGAUACAGGGAGUGCCUGAAGAAUCACGCCGUCGGACUCGGUGGCCACGCAGUGGACGGCUGCGGAGAGUUCAUGCCGGCCGGCGCGGAAGGCACCCUGGACGCUCUGAAAUGCGCCGCCUGCAACUGCCACCGCAACUUCCACCGCAAGGAGACCGACACCGCCGCCGUCGGCGGAGGCGGCGGAGGCAUCCACCUCCUCACUUACCACCACCCUCAGCAGCAGUUCCCUCCCUACUUCCGAACCCCAUCUGGGUACCUCCACGUGGCGCCACAGCAGAGGCCGCUAGCUCUGCCGUCGAUCUCCGGCGGCGGUGGUAGCCGUGAGGACCAAGAGGACAUGUCGAACAUGAGCUCAAAGAAGAGAUUCCGCACAAAAUUCACUCCAGAACAGAAGGAUAAGAUGUUGGGUUUCGCUGAGAGUUUGGGUUGGAAGAUUCAGAAGACCGACGAGUCGGUGGUCCAGCAGUUCUGCAACGACACCGGUGUCAAACGCCAUGUGCUCAAGGUUUGGAUGCAUAACAACAAACACACCCUCGGUAAGAAACCCUAGACAAAAAAUAUACACACAUGCAUACAUAUAUAUAUAUAUAUAUAUAUAUGUGUGUGUGUGUGUGUGUGUAUUAUGUAUGUUGUAUGUAAUGAAUUAGGGGGAUUGUGAAGUGUUGGAAGGAUGGUAAUGGUACGCUGAGACUAGUAGUUUCUCGGAGAUUUAGUUUUAGUGUAGUAUUAGUUUCUUUUGUUCGAUCUUUUGCGCGCUUUGUGUUGAUUUAUAUAUCAAUACAUUGUUGGCUUUGAUGGGUCUAUCUUUAUAUAUUCAACUUUUGAGUGUUAGAUCGAUGUUUUGGUGGUAAUUUGAAAUAUAUUAGUGUAACUAGUACUGUGUGAGUGGAUUUGAAGGCUUUUGAGUGUUAUAUAUUGGUUGUUUUGAUAAA